AUGUCUUUGAAUUUUUCAAGUCUCUCUUCGUAUCAUCACAAAUUGUGUGCCUUCAUUCAACAACAGGUAGCUAAUCAUGAUAGUAGUACUAUCGGAAAUGAAGACCAUACACUCUAUUCAUUCCUCGCUAGAAAUAUAUUUUCUACUACUACUACGUGCUACACCUCUCAAAGCACUUCCUUGAAUCAAUCUCAACAUUUUCAAAUGGCACUCGAAGAAACACAAAAGAAAACAAUUGCCAUGUUCAAUGUAUUCAAAGAAAAUGUGAAUAUGAAUUUACAACAAGAGGAAUUGGAACAUAUUUUUCAAGAUUUAUCCAUCCAUCAUCCAUCAUCCACAACAAAUAAUUCUGAAACGAUGAUGAACAACACCACUUGCAAUCAAGAAGAAACUAUGAACAACUCAACAAUCAUUCUCAAUCUUAAAAUCAUGUUUCUCAUCUAUCGAUUUUGUGUGAAUCGAGUGAAAUUAGGAAAAGAAGUACAAUUUUCGUUUUUUGAAGAAUAUUUUAAUCAUGUCAUGAAUUUAGAGGAUUGGUUUGGACAAUCAUUAAAAUUAAUGAGAGAACAAUUCACUUUGAAUACAAGUCUUCUCUCGAUGGAUAGUAAUGAAUGGACCAUUCGAUCUCCUCGAGUGUGUGAAAUGAUUUCUAAAUGGAGAUUAUUAUUAUAUUCAAUUGUACAACCAUCAUCUUGUUUAUCAUCUACUUUAUCUACUUGUUCAAAACAAGAAUUCUCUUCUUCUUCAAAACAAGAAUUCUCCUCUUCAUACAAGUAUUCUAUUGAACCAUGGAAAUUAUUUAUCAUUUACUUAUAUACAAGUUUAUUAACAGAGAUAUUACCAUGGGGUGUUAAAUAUAUUCAUGAAUUUGGACAAAAACCAUCUAAAAAAGAUCAAAUAUUAAGAUUGAUUAAAAAACAAAAGAAGAAUAUCAUGACUAGUACUCUCAGUGCUGGAACUUUUCAAUAUGCUCCAUUCUUUCAAUUCUUAAUAUUACAACAUUUUGUUAAUAUGAAAUUGAAACAUUUUAAAGAACAAGGAAAUUUAAUAUUGAAUCAUUCGAAUGGAAAUUUAUUAUUGAAUCAUUCUAAUCAGUAUGAUAAUACUAAUGAUAAUUAUACUAAUAAUACUAAUAAUUAUACUAAUAAUACUAGUAAUAAUACUAAUUCUAAAUUGAAUAUUGGUAGUAGUAAUCAUUCUGUAAAUCCAUCAUUCAUGCCUUCAUGUCUCUUUUGGCCAAGAUCAUCCCUUGAAGAUAAACUUUUAAAAGAAUCAUUAACAUUUUGGGCUGUUUUUGUUUCAGCCAUUACAAGUACUGUACGUGAAGAACAACAAAUGAUGAUGGAUGAAGCUGAAGAAGAUGAUGAUCCUACAAGUAUGAAUACUUUUGAUACUAUGGAUACUAGUAUUGUAAUGAAUAAUAAUAUUGUAAUGAAUAAUAAUAGUAAUAAUAAUAAUAAUACAAUACAUUUGGAUCCAAUGGUUGCACCCACCACUGAUAGGACUCGUCGAAUGAAUGACACACAACACGAUCUUCAAACUCACAUGACUGUGAAUGAAAUUAGAAGUGUCAAGAAAUAUCUCUCUCAUACUCUUGAAGAAUAUUUAUUGAAUAUACUUGUACAAGUAUUGUAUGAAUUGGCAGAAUAUGAAUGCAAACCAAUAUUGGAUUUGAAUACUAUCACUUGUAGUAGUACUAAUAAUCAUACUAUCAAUGCUAGUAGUACUAUUCAUUCUACUAUUCAUACUACUACUAUUCAUUCUACCACCAGUAAUAAUAGUAAUAAUACUACAACGACUAAUACUGAUCAUCAUAAUACUUUAAAUACGAUUCAUUCUAAACCAAGUACAAUGACACCAUCUUUUUAUUUUGAAGGUCCAUUACGUUCUUUAGAGAGUAUUCGUGCACAUGCUCAAACAGUGAUUAGUUCUCUUUGUAAUGGUUUUGGAUUACAUUUAUGUAAUAUUAUAUUACCAAUGGUGAAUGCAGAUCUUGAACAAAUUGGAAAGAAUACUCUGCAAUCAGAUUUGUUUUCUUCUUCUAUGGAUUGUACUCCCUAUGGACCUAUCUAUUUAAAUACAACUCCAUUGAAUCCAAGUCAUAAUAAUAGUAGUAGUAGUACUAGUAAUAAUUCAAAUAAUAAUAAUUUAAAUAAUAAUAAUUAA